AUGCAUGCUCAAGCUAAUUGCAUCUGGAAGGCUCUACUAGGUAUCUGCACUGUCUUGCUGCCCACGAGCGCCCUUGCCAGACUUUUACCUUAUGAGCUGGUUCUUCUCUCACACAACACAGUCGCGCUCUCACUGGGAUACAUGGUCUGGUCGCACGUGCCGGCCGACCAACAGCUCGUACGGGCGACCCUGUGUGUGCUUGCCGGUAUCUUUUUAGUUCUAACUCUUGUACGGGCUAUUUCAAUAGCGUACAACAACCACUUUUGGUUUCAAUCUAUCGUGCUGGAACAAAACGGAUGUUCUCGCUACGUACGGAUUAUCGUCAACCUACGAAGGCCGCUCCGCGUGCAGCCAGGGCAAUAUGUCAAGAUAUGGACACCAACCACCAUUUCAUCGGUUUUGCAAAGCCAUCCAUUCACGAUAGGCAACUGCUCCUCUGAAAAUGAAAGAGAGUUGAGGAUUGUUGUCGAAGUCAAGAACGGAUUCACAAGGAAUCUAAAGGACCUGGCCGAGCGAUGCAUGACCUCGAACAUUGCCAUCUUUGCUGGUCCGUAUGGUUCUAGGGUUCCCGUUGGGAAUUAUGAGACUGUACUGUUAGUAGCUACGGGCUUGGGCUUCGUUGCACUUUCACCCUAUCUUCAGUGGUUGGUUCGUGCAGCGCAUAACAGCAAGAUUCGCAUAUCACCAGUGCACCUGGUUUGGCAAGUGUCCUCGUGGGAACAAUUUUUCGCAGUGGGGGACCUCCUCGUUCAAAAUAUCGAACUCGAUGACAACAAAGAAGAAAAGAAUGACCGAACGUACAUCAGAACAUCGAUAUUUUACGAAGAAAUAGGCACACCGCCUCAUUGGGCAAAACGAAAAAUUCAUACGAUCAAAAAGAUGACAAAGAACUGGAAUCGGGUUGACUUCCAAGAGCGCCCGAUGCCCCUGUCGGAUAUACUCAGCAACGAGACGAUAACAGAGAGGGGCCGAGACGGUAACAAGAAACCCACGCUUAUAGCAGGAUCUGUUUCUGAUGAUAUCAGAGAUGAUCUCAUUCAGUUUGCAACGAAGAAUUCAGGAACCAUUGAUUUGAUGUUCACAGAUUACCAACCAAAAGAUCAAAGUGAACCCAUGGAAAAUGGUUCUGCCAAUUUAGCGACUUGUGACGGUGACAAACACUCGACAAACGCAGAUAUCUCCCCAGGUAAGCAAACCCCACAGGGUGAGGCAGAUAUCUCCCCAGGUAAGCAAACCCUACAGGGCGAGGCAGAUCUCUCCUCAUAUGUUGGCCGUUAUCAAAGGAGAAUCUAG